AUGAUUAUCAAAGUCAAGACUCUUACAGGGAAAGAGAUUGAGCUUGACAUCGACCCCGAUGACAAAAUCAACCGCAUCAAGGAGAAAGUCGAGGAACAGUCCGGUGUACCACCACCACAGCAGCGUCUGAUUUUUGGCGGGCGACAAAUGGCUGACGACAAGACGGUUCGAGAACUAAACGUAACUGCUGGAUCCGUCCUGCAUCUUGUCCUUGCACUGCGUGGAGGUUGUUAG